AAGGCAAAGAUGAGUAAUUAGUCUUUCAUUUCUACACUCCACAGUUAACUUUCCCCCAAACUGCGCGAAGGUCAGUAAGUCGGGAGUGGCCGUUGUAGUGGACCGUCUCUCACUCUCAACUUUCACCUAUGACUCGAUCUAAGAAGAAGGCCAACCGCAAUGAUCGCAUUGAUCGAAUUAGUGACUUACCAAGCAAUGUCAUUGAUGCUAUCCUAGAACACUUGAACAUAGUAGACCUAGUUAAGACCAGUAUUCUGUCUAGAAAGUGGAGGUAUAUGUGGAUGUCAGUCCAACAACUUGUGUUUAAAAGAGACUUUUUUAUCAUGUUCGAGCAUCUUGAUGAUCCUGGCCCUGAGGCUUCUAGAAUCAUCUCAAAAAUUCUUUUACUCCAUAAUGGACCUAUAUAUAAGUUUACUCUUUUCCUCCCUCGCACCUUAAACUUCACGAUCAGAACUGAAUGCAUCAGUAAGUGGAUUCUGUUUUUGUCAACAAGGGGCAUUAAAUAUCUUGAGCUUCAGAACGAUGUAAUACUUUCUACUGAAAUGCUGCCAUCUCAUAUUUUCUCUUGUCAAGAAUUGCGUCACUUUCGACUUUGCAGAUUUAGCUUGACAGUUCCACCUAAUUUCUGUGGCUUUAAAAGUUUGUUGGACCUUAACUUUCAACAGAUUAUACUUAGGUGCGGUACACUUGAGAGUCUUAUUUCUGGCUGCCCAUCACUUGAAAAGCUCAGUAUAGAAUUGGUUCAAGAUAUGAAGCCAAUUUGUCUCGAGAAAGUGAAGAAUCUGAUUGAUCUUACACUCACGAUUAGCCGGGAGUGUUCAUCUGGUUUGAUCAAAAGUUUGCCAAAAAUUCAGAGGCUUGCUGUACAAUCAUGUUACCAGAAGAGGCAGUAUGCAGAUAUCAUAUCUCCGACGCAGCUGAUAAGCUUAACGCAUCUGAAAUUUGGUGCCGUGAAUUUUGAUGAAAGAACAAAACUUUUGUAUAUUGUUAGUGUACUCAAAAGUGCUUCUAACCUGGUGGAACUUAUUAUAGAGAGCAAUUACCAUAAUGGUGAACCAGAGCCAGACCAACCAGAGGAGUUACAAUGCAAUAGUUGUUGCCUUAGCCAACUUCAGACGGCAAAUAUCAAAGUUGGAAGCACCUUUAAACAUGCAUUGAGUUUGAUACGGUUCAUACUUGCAAAUGCCUCAUCAUUAAAGACUCUUACUUUUAGUGUUGAUUUUGAUUAUAAGAAAGUAGAUGCACCUCUGAUGUUUCGCAUUUCACAAGACUUGUUAUGGAUGAAACGAGCAUCACAAAGAGCACGCGUUGAAUUCCUUUACUCAUAGAAAUUCCUUUCCUUUGCUCACAGUUCUUCAUUAUGUCUUUGUUUUAUUUUACUUUCUAGGAUCAGAUUAAUGUUUUGGAUUUAAGGUCUCCAGUCCGUUUGGUAAAUUAUGGAUUUAAGCUCUCGAGACCGUCUCUCGAAUUAUGGAUUUAAGCCCCAAGUACGUUUGUUAAAUUAAUGUCUUGGUAGACAAUUAUGGUUUAUUAAACCUAUAUAUGUAUAUGUAUUAAAUAUAUUAGAUAGUGUUAAUUGUGAAGUAACAAUUUUUUUCAUA